AAUUAAAACAUGAAUGUGGAAAUAAUGUCGACCAUAACGUACAUAAACGUUACAAACUUUAACGAUUCACAACAAGGCAUGCCAUCAGAAGUGGAGAACAGUUCCAAACGAGAUAUUAUAAUAUACAGUAUUUUGUUCAUCAUAUCUGCGGCCGGAAAUAUCUCCGUCUUCACCGCCUUAUUGAGGAAUCGAAACCGAAAAUUACGAAUAAAUCUAUUAAUAUUCAAUUUAGCCAUCGCUGACCUAAUUGUCACAUUCAUAAUGAUUCCUCUGGAGGUCGGCUGGAGGAUCACCGGGUCGUGGAUUGCCGGAGAUUUUGCGUGUCGUCUAUUACAGGCGUUGCGAGCAUUUGGUCCAUAUCUGUCAUCAAUGGUUUUGGUGUGCAUUUCAUUUGACCGAUACUUUGCAAUCAUUCAUCCGUUGAAAGUGAAUGACGCCCACAGAAGAAGCAUAAUUAUGCUCACAUUUGCGUGGAUUAUAAGCAUUGUUUGUAGCAUUCCUCAGAGCAUAAUAUACCAUGUUGAGUCUCAUCCGGAUUAUCCCUCAUUUGAACAAUGCGUUACAUUUAACUUCUUUAAGACGGCGUGGAAGGAGACCUUCUAUAAUAUAUUCUGUGUUAUGGCUCUCUAUGUUAUUCCUCUUCUUAUUAUCAUAUGUUGUUAUACAAGAAUAUUAUGGGAAAUAUACCGCAGAUCUAAAGAUUCUUCAGAGGAUAAGAAACGAGACAUCAGUAAUAAUAAGCCAAAACCGGCCGAAUAUUGCGGUUCAAAGUCAGGACAAUUGCAAAGUAAUAAAUACCAGAAUUCAUACAUAAGUCGAAACCGAAUGCAUUUGAGGCGUUCGGACGCAACACAGAUUGAAAGAGCGAGAACUCGGACGUUGAGAAUGACAUUAAUAAUCGUAUUGGCAUUUGUCUGGUGUUGGACUCCGUAUGUGUUUAUCGUUCUUCUGUACCAAAUAGACUCAGAAGCGGCCAAAAAGUUGGAUAAAGGCAUUCGCGACACACUCUUCAUGUUUGCCGUUUCCAACUCUUGCGUUAAUCCAUUAGUUUAUGGCAGCUAUUCGUUGAACUUUAGAAGAAUAUGGAAAAGAUAUUUCGCUAACUAUUCGUUUACAUCAUUCAAAAGACAGGAUUCCAAUAGAGACACGAAUACCUCUCGAAGAUCUACUUAUAUCGACGACAACACAACUUAUUCUAACGUCGAGGUGAGUCCUCCCAGUCCUCUAUCAUAUGCCGUUGACGCUAACGAUUCCAUGACGUGACAACUCUUACAUCACAACCAGUUUACAGACAAAUGAUCAUUAUAUCAUAUAAUUUAUAUGUAUUCACUUCAUUAGUGAACAAUCUGUCAUUUGAACACUUUAUUCAGUC